CGUGCGAGCCGUGUGUUUGAUUUGAUGUUUCCUGUAACAUUGUACAGAGUAUUCAAGAGGUUAUAUAUAUAUACGUACGCGCGAAUUGUACAGCAACGCGAUAUAUACGAGAGUAGUAUCAAAGUAAUUGAAUUCAAAGUGGUGCGCACACACGGAUUGAAAUUGACUACCCCGAGCGAAAGAGAAAAUGCGGAGAAGCCAUUCUGAGAGAAGGCGACAAAGAGGCUGAAGAAGAUAAGUAUUCCUUCUCUCCAGGGAAAGAAGACAAAUUCCGUCGCAUUAAAUUCAAAGCUGGGAUCGAACGUAAAGUUGAGUGCAACGAGGGAGCUUCAAUGAAUUUGGAAUUGUCUCCCUGUGUCGCGCGUGUGAAACCUGAGACUGGAAUCUCGACGUAACUCCGGCAGUUGCGUCGACCUGCCAGAGCAUCCUUCGUCGCAAAGGAUGUCCCGAAGUUUCUUCGUGGAUUCCUUGAUUGGCAACAACUCCUCGCCUUCGUAUCCCCUGCCGUAUUAUGGCAACCAGCUGCCUAAUUACAUGUUCAAUUUCUUCAAUUUGGGCUUGAACUAUCAACCGAUCAGACCGAUACCCAGACCACCCACUGUGCCGGUGCACAUCAGCCCGCCAGCGCUGAACGUUUUGCCGAUACCUGGACAGGCCCCUCCAUCGCCUCUGAACACCUCGGCCAAUAAUGUAUCAGAGGUUCCAGCGCCCAACGAAUCCCCAUCUCGCAGCAGUACGCCGACACCACCGCCGAAAUCCCCGGCCUCCAUCAACAACAGCUCGAAGCGCAUCCGUACCGCAUUCACCAGCACUCAACUGCUGCAAUUGGAACGUGAAUUCUCCUCCAAUAUGUACCUGUCGCGGCUGCGUCGUAUCGAGAUCGCGACCAAUCUCCAGCUGUCGGAGAAGCAAGUGAAGAUCUGGUUUCAGAAUCGCCGAGUGAAGUACAAGAAGGAGGAUCUUCCAUCCGGACAGAGCCAAAAAUGUUGUUGUCUGAGAACCUGCGGCAAACGAAAGGACGACUGCGGCGAAGGUUCACCCGGCAGGAAGUGCGAACGGGAGAAGGAGGAGAAGGAAUCCUCCAAGCAGAGCAGUGAGAACAGUGAGGGCAGCGAUAGCAAAGCCACUCGCGAAUCCACCGAGAUCGAACGUCUCGAACGAUCGAUCGUACACGAAGACACCCGUUGUGAAGGGAUCGCCAACUUUAGGAAGAUAAACGACACGCAGGAUCAAGUCGGCGACUACGAGGCGCGAGAUUUCUCUCGGGGAUGUAAGAGGAGCAUGGAGGAGAAGACCGACGAAAGAGGUGACAAGAAAAGGAUGGAUAUGACGGUGACUUAUGAAACUCCGAAACCGUGGACGAUCGCGAAUCCAAUUUUAAGAAGUAAAGGAUGCAUAAAGCACACGGUGGAACGAAUCGUAAACUCGUAGAUCCGGCAGAACUGUGCAUAAAAACUUAUUACAUUAUAUAAUUACU